AUGCCAUUUGAUCUCGAUUAUGGUAAGCCAAAGAGUCCCGAUGAUGUUUUGAUAUAUGAUCCUUUCCUUUAUAAGUAUACCCUAUCUGUUUCAAAGAAGCGAGCUGCGUAUGAUGCCUUCAGGGCGUUCGUGGGUUAUGACUUAGGGAAUGUCAGAGAUACUACAAUGAUCUAUUUCAUUUUAAAGCAUGAUAUUAUUCUUACUCGGCAUGAGAUGAUGAAAGUCUUGGGACUUCAGCCAUCUGGAAAAGUUGACUCGACUAUUUUUGACAAGCUCGAAUCAACGAUCUUUCACGUCGCUCGAACCCUCCGAGCCAAAGUCCCAGUCCGCAGUCUACUAGAGAUGCCGCUCACUGAUAUUAGCCGUAUAUGCUACAUGAUUGCUGGCAAAUUUGAAUCAUUGUUCUUUGCUCCAGUAAAUGGAGACGACUUUGACUUUUGGUGGACAGACCGCUUCAAUAGUGUAUGGCCUGUUAUCUCCGAGCUUAACCGGCUAUACAAUGAACUAGGAUGA